AUGGAGAUACAGACAGGAGAGAGCGCGGUCAUAUGUUCAACUGACGUUCUUGAAUCACUAUCCGAAAGCAUAGAUGAAGCCAAGAAACUCGUCCAGAUAUCUCAAGAAAGCAACGGACAAGAAUCGACUACUGAUCUGAGAAGCGUUGAGGCAGGCUUGGAAGGCGUUGUGAAGCAGAUAGGUGAGACUUUGAAGUCCAUACCUGAAUCAACAACCAAAGAGGAAGAAUAUAUAGGAGUCGUUGUCCAGACUCUUUCAAAUGAGAUGAAGAAUGCUAACAUUGGAGAUGGUAGUGAAAGUGAGAUCUUACAUAACGUGCAGAAGAAGGUAUCUCCAAGGGAUGAUACACAGGAAAUGGUGUCAGAGCAAGUAGAGUCAGAUCUUUACCCCACUGAUCCUGAGUGUUCCUAUGAAAGUUUCCUGAGUGAAUCACAAUCACAGAUAAGCGAGAUACCAGAUAUCCCAAGCCAGAGCACAAUUGGUAGCAGCCAGAGAAAGUAUGGAACUCUGAGUGAAUCACAACCUGACAUCCCAAGCCAGAGCACAAAUGUUAGCAGCCAGAGAAAGUAUGGAGUAUUGAGCGAGUCCUUGUCAAUGUUACCACAGGUGACACAGUUCAUGGAGCCACCAUACCAAGCUUUCAUCUGCCCAUUGACCAAAGAGAUAAUGGAAGAUCCAGUCACAACAGAAACAAGAGUAACCUGCGAAAGAAAAGCAAUCACAGAGUGGUUUGACAGAUUUGAAGACUCUGAUGAGAUUACCUGUCCAGUCACAGGGCAGAAGCUGACAACCGGGUUAAGUCCCAAUGUUGUCUUGAAAACCAUCAUUGAGGAGUGGAAAGUACGAAACGAGGCAGCAAGAAUCAAGGUGGCUCACGCAGCUUUGUCCUUAGGUGGUUCAGAGAGCAUGGUUAUCGAGGCGUUAAGAGAUCUGCAAAUGACCUGUGAAGGGAAAGUGUACAACAAGGUACUAGUCCGUGAAGCUGGAAUCAUUCAGUUGCUCGACAGAUACAUGACGUACAGAAGUAGAGAUGUGAGGUGUGAACUUCUGCAGUUGUUAAAGACACUUGCCGAAGAUCAAGACACUGAUGACGGAAAGGAAAUGAUUGUGAAGACGAUAACUAUGUCAAGCUUAGUCAAGUUUUUGGGAAGCAGUCACAAGCCUGUAAGACAUGCAGCACUAGUCUUACUGCUUGAGCUUUCAAAAUCUCAACAUGCAUGUGAGAAGAUUGGGAACGCUACAGGGGCUAUAUUGAUGUUAGUUACCUCAAAGUAUAACAAAGAGUCGGAUGCCUUUGCGUCUGAGACAGCAGACCAAAUCUUGAAAAAUCUUGAGAAGUUCCCUAAUAACAUGAAGCAAAUGGCAGAGAGUGGACUUUUGGAUCCUCUUCUCAAUCAUCUAGCAGAAGGAAGUGAAGAGACGCAGGUGGUAAUGGCUGCAUACCUUGUGGAGAUUGAUAUUGGACAUGAGAAGAAAACUUACGUAGCUGAGAAGGCUUGCCCUGCGCUCAUUAAGCUAGUGCAGAGUGAGAACACUGAGGCUAGAAGAGCCGCAUUCAAAGCUCUUGCUCAUAUUUCGUUGUAUCACCCCAACAAUCAGAUACUUGUAGAAAUCGGCAUCAUCAAGAUCAUGGUCGAAGAGAUGUUCACCAAGCGGAUGCUCAGUGAUCUGACGAACUCAAGGAACGAAGCUGCGACAAUACUUGCAAACAUACUUGAGUCCGGGGUUGAACAUGAGACCUUUGAGGUGAACACUCAUGGCCACACACUAGGCUCUGAUUACUUUGUAUACAACAUCAUCCAAAUGCUCAAGAACUCAAGCCCGGAUGAUCUAAACAUUGAUCUGAUCAGGAUUCUCAUCUCCUUGUCCAAAUCAGCCAGAGCAAUGGAAACUAUUGUUUCAGUGAUCAAAGAAACCGACGCAAGCUUUGCCAUGAUAGAGCUCAUCAACAAUCCUCAUGAAGAAUUAGGGGUUGGAGCAUUAAAGCUUCUCAUAGCACUCACACCUUUCAUCGGUCACACACUAUCAGAGAGACUAUGUAAAACUAGAGGACAGCCAGAGAAUCUCAUCCAGUGCCCAGUAGAAGCAAAUCAGAUAACAGAGAAGCACGCUGUUUCAGCCAAGUUGCUAGCUAAACUGCCUCACCAAAACCUGACUCUUAAUCUAGCAUUGGUCAGCGAGAGCAUAGUCUCUAAGAUUCUGCAUGCGAUCUAUCUGAUUCAAAGAAGCGGAACAAGAACAAGCAGGUACGCAACUGAUUUCCUGGAAGGUCUCGUUGGCAUCUUAGUGAGAUUCACAACUACACUGUACGACUCCCAAAUGAUGUACCUAGCCAAAAACCAUGAUUUGGCAUCAGUGUUUGCUGAUCUACUGAUGAAAACAUCAAGCGACGAAGUUCAAAUGCUAUCAGCAACUGGACUACAAAAUCUAUCAUCCACAACUAUGACUUUAUCCAGGCCACCCCAAGCUAGGAGCACAAAGUUCAUGACAUCACUUAGUUCAAGAUCAUUCUCCCUCCGUUCAUCGAAAAAGAAGCAAAUAGAGUUAUGCGCAAUCCACAGAGGAGUAUGUUCUGCAAAAAACACAUUUUGCUUGGUUGAAGCAAAUGCAGUCACAAAGCUUCUAGCGUGUUUGCAGAGUGAUAAAGUGGAGGUAGUGGAGUCAGCAUUAUCUGCUAUAUGCACGCUAUUGGAUGACAAAGUUGAUGUGGAGAAGAGUAUAAGCAUGCUGAGUGGAAUGAAUGCAGUGCAGCUUAUUCUAAAUGCAGUCAAAGAACACAAGAAAGAGUCUCUACUGCAGAAAGCGUUUUGGAUGAUUGACAAGUUCUUGAUCCGAGGCGGAGAGAAGUAUGCCUUUGACAUAUCGCAAGACAGGAUGCUCUCAGGUAUGUUGGUUAGUGCCUUCCAUCGUGGAGAUGGUAACACAAGGCAGAUGGCAGAAAAUAUUUUGAGGCGUUUGGACAAGAUGCCUAGUUUCUCUAUCUAUAUGACAGAGAAGAAUGAAAUGUGA